AUGUCGCAAACGUAUAAAUCACCAGGAAGUAGCGAUGGUGGUGAAUUCUUUCUCUCUUCCCCAGAUACCGACAACAACCAGGUGGCGGGUACCGAUCCAGCUCCUUCACCAAGGCAAAUUCAUGGCCUGUCCUGGGCCAUGGUCGUGAUCGCAAUCCUUUCCAGCAUCUUUCUCUAUGCUUUGGACAAUACUGUUGUUGCUGAUGUAACACCUGCUGCAGUAAAUGAUCUUGGAGACAUUGCAGAGCUGCCGUGGCUUUCAGUUGGAUUUCUCCUCGGUGGUACGGCUGUGGUCUUACCUUUUGGCAGAUUAUAUGGGCUUUUUAAUGCGAAAUGGCUUUACAUUUUGUCUUCUGUGCUCUUCAACAUUGGCUCAGCCCUCUGUGGCGCAGCUCCUACUAUGAAAGCCCUCAUCGUUGGCCGUGUUCUGGCUGGGAUGGGCGGCAACGGCAUGUAUUUGGGAGUUAUGACCCUCCUGUCCGUCAACACGUCUGAUAAAGAAAGGCCAGGCUAUCUAAGCUUCGUGGGCUUAAUCUGGGGCAUUGGCACUGUCCUUGGACCAGUGGUUGGCGGCGCUUUUGCAGAAUCGAAGGCCACAUGGCGAUGGGCCUUUUAUAUGAACCUGUGUGUAGCAGCGCUUUUCGCGCCUGUUUAUAUUUGGCUGAUUCCUUCAUUCAAACCACGACCUGGGGUCAAAGUUGUUAGUCUGCUUUGUGCAUUCGACUUCUUUGGUACCAUCCUAAGUGUCGGUGCCAUCAUGUCCCUUUUCAUGGCCAUCAACUUUGGCGGUGCGCUGUAUGCAUGGGGAAGUGGCCAAACAAUUGCCCUAUUCAUCACGUCGGGCGUAUUGUUUCUUGGCUUCGGCAUUCAGCAGCACCUGUCACUAUUCACCAGUGGGACUGAUAGAAUAUUUCCCUGCCAAUUUCUAGGCAAAUUUAAUGCCGUACUCUUGUAUAUCUGUGCGUCGGCAAUCAACACCUCCGCGUUCGUCCCCAUUUAUUAUAUCCCUCUAUACUUUCAAUUUACUCGUGGUGACGACGCUAUCAAAUCGGCAGUCCGCUUACUGCCAAUGAUUGUCACUUUAAGCGUGCUUAUACUCUGCAAUGGCCACCUAAUGUCAAAGUUCGGCUACUUUCAGCCAUGGUAUACGGCUGGAAGUGUGUUAACAGUCAUCGGCGGAGCUCUACUCUAUCGAAUUACACCACAAACAUCCUCUGCUAGUGUUUAUGGCUUUGAGGUAUUGGUUGGUGCCGGGACAGGGUGUUUUGUUCAAGCUGGAUAUGCUGUGAUACAGGCUGUGGUAUCUCCAACCGACCUAGCAUAUGCCAUCAGUUUCAUGAUGCUCGCCCAGCUUGGCGGAAUUGCACUCGGUCUGUCCAUUGCGGGAUCCAUCUUCAUCAAUAAGUCGCUAGCUGGUCUUUCGUCGGUUCUACCCGACAUACCUCGGUCACAGCUUCAGUUUGCAAUUGCGGGCACAAGUGGUGACUUUAUCAGAUCUCUUCCGGAUGCACUCCGUGACCAAGCAAUUGCGUCUAUCGUGGUGGCCCUUCGGAGUGUAUUCGUGCCUGUCUUUGUGGGAGGCGCAGUCUGUUUAGUCGUUUCGGUUUUCUUCACGCAACGAAAACUCUUCAAGGACGUCCAAGCAAUCGCCGCAUGA